UGGCUGAGCUCUGUUUCAGGACUCCUGGCUAGACAACAGCGACCCCAUCCCCUUUCUCCAGUACUUCUGCCUGGCACAGCUCCUGCUUUGUUGGCGAGACCUUCUGACAAGGGCUCCCGGUUCCUGGGACUGUGUGGCCCAGACUUCCAAAGAGCCAGAUCUAUCUCAAUUCAUAUGUCACUUCCCCUAGGAUAUCCUCUCAGACCCAGGGCAGUUUGUUGCCCCACAGCACACGGUUCUAGAGCCUGAGAGCAAGGGAGGGCGGACCUGGGUUAGGGAUCCUGCCUCCAUACCUGCAUGGUUCACCAGCCUGAUUACCACAGGACGGUGUGCAUGAAAUGCAUGCUGUUACUAGAGGAACUGUGGCCGUCAGACUCCUAGGGUGGCCUAUCUCCUUUGUUCCUGCCAUUCCAGACUUUGAAUGGUCUCUUUUUAUGACUGACUCUCUUCUUGGGAUCUCCAAACUCUCAAAUCUUGCCUCCAUAUACACACUCAUCCAGGGCCACCAAAGCUCCUCAUAGUUCCCCUGGAAACUGUACAAUUGGAGAUGAGAGGUUGGGGGGAGGGGAGGAAAGGGUAGACACACCCCUGUCUCUUUGGACUGCCCUGUCCAGCAUCUUUUCCUCCUAGCUCAGCCUGCUGGUCUCAGCACCUCCCCCUUGGAGUGCUGACCCACAUGAAUCUGGGCUCAUUAUGCCUGCAGGCUCGUUUUUCCUAACACCCUGAAUUUAGACUUAAGUGGGUUGUCCCCCGCACAGGGAAAGGAAGUUCUAGAAAGAAAAGUUUCCAAAAAAAGAGGUGUUUUGUUGUUGUUAGGAAACUGGGAAAGGGUGAGUCAGCUAGAGUAGGAUGUGGUGAAGAUGAGGGGGUGGGGAUAAAAAUAAAGGUGGUGUGUCUGAGGCUGGAAUUUUGGGAGAUGCUUAUGAGGACAGAAAUAGGAGUGGGAAGAACCGAAAGGGACAGACGGAUUGACGUACUCAGAGAAGCUGAGCAACCGGGAAAGGGGGACCUAGAGCCCAGCAGUGUCCGGCCCAAGAGUGGAACGAAGCAAACCGAGGUCUGGGAGCAUCUCCUUGGGGAUACCAGGGACAAGCCAGGCCCCUCGCUCUCAGGCUCUAGAACUCUGUGCUGUGGAGCAACAAAUUGCCCUGAGUUUGAGGAUACCCUGGGGGAAGUGACGUUUGAACUGAGGUAGAUCUGGCUGACUUUGGAAGGCUGGGCCACACAGUCCCAGGAACACUUGUCAGAGCGGGAGCCGCACCAGGCGGAAGUGCUGGAGAAAGGGGGUGGGGCCGCGAGAGCAGCGGAAGCCGGAAGCCGGAAGUCGAGGCCUGGGCUGCGCGUGGCGGUGAUGGCGGCCAGCGGGGCUGUAGAGCCCGCGCCCCCGGGGGCCGCCACCGCCCCGUCGUCCGCCCCAGCCUCGUCGCUCGCCCCGGGGCACUUGUUCCGGCCCAUCAGCGCAGAGGACGACGAGCAGCAGCCCACCGAGAUCGAGUCGCUAUGCAUGAACUGUUACAACAACGGCAUAACGCGCCUCCUGCUCACCAAGAUCCCCUUCUUCAGAGAAAUAAUCGUGAGCUCUUUUUCCUGUGAGCAUUGUGGCUGGAACAACACGGAGAUCCAGUCGGCAGGCAGGAUCCAGGACCAGGGAGUGCGUUACACUUUGACUGUCAGGGCCCUGGAGGACAUGAACAGAGAAGUAGUGAAGACUGACUCUGCCACCACAGGGAUCCCUGAGCUGGAUUUUGAAAUUCCUGCUUUCAGCCAGAAGGGAACUCUGACCACUGUUGAAGGAUUGAUCAACCGUGCUAUCUCUGGCCUGGAGCAGGACCAGCCCACACGAAGGGCAAACAAAGAUGCCACAGCUGAAAGAAUUGAUGAGUUCAUUGGCAAACUGAAGGCGCUAAAGCAAGUGACCUCCCCUUUCACUCUGAUCAUUGAUGAUCCUGCAGGAAACAGCUUUGUGGAAAACCCGCAUGCUCCCCAGAAAGAUGAUGCCCUGGUUAUCACACGCUACAACCGGACCCUACAGCAGGAUGAGAUGUUGGGGCUCCAAGCAGAAGCAUCAGUAGAGAAGCCAGAAGAAGAGGAUCUCAGAAAUGAAGUGCUGCAGUUCAACACAAACUGCCCUGAAUGCAAUGCCCCAGCUCAGACCAACAUGAAGCUAGUACAAAUCCCUCACUUUAAGGAGGUUAUCAUCAUGGCUACCAACUGCGAGAACUGUGGGCAUCGGACCAAUGAGGUGAAAUCUGGAGGAGCAGUAGAGCCAUUGGGCACCAGGAUCACCCUCCACAUCACAGAUCCCUCAGAUAUGACCAGAGACCUCCUUAAGUCUGAGACUUGCAGUGUGGAAAUUCCAGAGCUAGAAUUUGAACUGGGAAUGGCUGUCCUCGGGGGCAAGUUCACCACACUGGAGGGGCUGCUGAAAGACGUCCGGGAACUGGUGACCAAGAACCCUUUCACACUGGGUGACAGUUCCAAUCCUGGCCAGACGGAGAAAUUGCAGGAGUUUAACCAGAAGUUGGAGCAGAUCAUCGAGGGUAACGUGAAGGCCCACUUUAUUAUGGAUGAUCCAGCGGGAAACAGUUACUUGCAGAAUGUGUAUGCACCUGAAGAUGAUCCUGAGAUGAAGGUGGAGCAUUAUAAGCGCACCUUUGACCAAAAUGAAGAGCUAGGACUCAAUGACAUGAAGACGGAGGGCUAUGAGGCAGGCCUGGCUCCACAGCGGUAGCAGUGGGUGGGCUGUGGGCCGACCUCCAGUGCUGCUCAUACUGCAGGGUUAUUUAUUACUAUUGGAAUAAGGCUGGGAAUAUUCUCUCCACUAGCCCUUGCCCAUGGUGAGGAGGACACUUGGUGUGAGUCAGAGAUCUACACACUUUCUAAACAGCUUGUGAUGCAAGAGCAAGCCUAUUGUGCUACUUGACCUUAUUUUGGAGGUUUUGAAUCACCCUGGGAAGAAACCCGGAAAUGAACCAUGGGGCAUGCCGUUAUCACUUUUUUUCCUGUCAAGUCUUUACCCUCCCUCCACAUAAUGCUAUAUACUCUAAGAUUGGGAUUCUGAAGUUGGAGAAGGUGGAAUAAAGUUACAGCUGGA